CUGUGCAUAAGGCAGUGUGUGAAUUAGCGAGACAGAGGGCUUCUAGGGCCAGCGUCAUAGUAGUUGGGCAACUGGGAACUGGAAAAACACGCCUUUGUCGAAAUUUGAUGGGGGAAGAGUUCACUGAAGAAGAUCUGGUGACGAAUGGUAUUGAGGUAUCCGGUUGUGUUCUGGUGAAACACACAGCAGGAAGCACCUUCAAAAGACAAGACGAGUCAUUUAGAGAAAAGUAUUACAUCGAAACACUUGCCAGGGGCAUCAAGGAGUGCAGAGGAAAACGGCCUAUACCAGAGUCGUCUCGUGGAUACAUUGUGUUAGACGAAGGCGUCGAAUUCAAUACAUUUAGGCAAAUAUUUGACAAGAGCAAAGGAGAACCAGUUGUUCCGGACACUCUGACACUCUGGGACUUUGGCGGUCAGUAUGUCUUCUACACGACACAUCAAACUUUCCUCACCUGGCGAGCUGUCUACUUACUGGUGUUUGACCUUACCAAGGACUUAAAUGACCCUGUCCACGUAGAGCGCGUGGGUAGAACUGGACGUAGACCAGUGGAUAGCGUCCCAGACACUGUUGGUGGUGCGUUGUAA